ACCCAGGAGACGCUAAGGAGUCACCGGUGGGAGGAACUCACCCACGUCUCUUAUUUCCAGCCGCUCCAGUGGUCACUUCUUGUGUUGAGGGUCUGAGACUCGGCCGUACACCGAGAAGGGAUAAACUGUCAUUACCGGACCUUCCAUCUUCGGCCGUGGGCGGUAAUAGCACCCCCUGGUCGUCACAGCACGUUCUCUUAUUUUGUUGUCAUCACAUUUUGAACAGAAAAUAAACUGUUCUGAGGAACAAGAAAAUAUUGUUCUGUCCAAAUAUUUCCUUUUGAAGACAGCAGUAACAAAAGGAAUGGAGUAAUGAUCUAUGAUAGGGAUUUAGUUUAAACGUUGGAUAUCUGUACUCAUCACAGUGGACCAUAAUUUCGGUCACACUUGGAAUUUAAUCAAUUUAGUCAUGAUUUCGACCUGACUUUUGAGUUUUGUCGAUGGUCACUGAAGGGCCCUGUUUUAUGGACUGAAUCGGUGUCUCUUUUGUGGAUGACUGUCGAGGUGGACAUUCUGUGUGGAUAGUCUAAGCAUGGUGACACAUGACGAGCGCUAACGUGGAGAGUCCUACUGGCGAGGCCGACAGACUGGAAACGUUCAACGGACCGCCUGGGCCGCACAUCAUCGCCCUGAGUGGCCCCGUGCUCACCGCCCCGACCACCACGACGGAGGAGCUACGCCGCUUUCUGGUGUCGCUGCACACCACCCUGUCCAGGGAGGUGGGCAACUUUCUGGACGGUGGUCAGCAGCAGAGUCAGGAGUCUGGCAUAUUGAAGAAGGUUGACAAUGUCAAGCUAAUUGACAGAUUCAGUGGUCGCAAGCCUCAAGGCACGCUCUACCUGACCCAGACACACCUGAUCUUUGUGGGCGCUGAGGGCAAGAAGGAGACAUGGGUCCUACACAUGCACAUUGGCCAGAUCGAGAAGUUCCCAAUGACAGCCGAGGGGUCUCCACUACAGAUCCGCUGCAAGAACUUCAUGUGUAUUACCUUUAUAAUCCCCAGAGACAGAGACUGUCAAGAUAUUUAUCAGUCUCUCCUGCAGUUUUCUAGGCCAGCUGAAAUCAACAAACUGUAUGCCUUUGAGUUCAUCUCUAAUGAGAACAUUGAGCGCUCCUAUGGCUGGGACGCUUUCGAUUUGCAAUCCGAGUUUCUCAGAAUGGGCGCCCCGAAUGGCAACUGGAUGAUCACGAGUUUGAAUGAAAAAUACGAGUUGUGUGAUACCUAUCCAAGUCUUCUGUACGUGCCGACUGCAGCCACCACGCAUGUCCUUGUUGGAAGUUCAAAGUUCAGAAGCAGGGGCAGGCUACCCGUGUUGUCUUACCUCCAUUCGGAAAAUCAGGCUGCCCUGACAAGAUGUAGUCAGCCAUUGUCUGGCUUCUCUGCCAGAUGUGUUGAGGAUGAACAGAUGUUGCAGGCCAUACUGAAGGCUAACCCCAAGUCUGAGUAUAUGUACGUAGUGGACACUAGGCCAAAGAUUAAUGCCAUGGUUAACAAAGCUCAGGGCAAAGGUUAUGAAAAUGAAAAUUUCUACAGUAACAUGAAGUUCCAGUUUUUAGGGAUAGAAAAUAUUCACGUCAUGAGGGCAAGCCUUCAGAAACUAACAGAAUUGUCAGAGCUGAAGAAACCAUCUAUGAAUGACUUCCUGUCAAGACUCGAGGCUUGUGGAUGGCUAAAGCAUAUAGCUGCCAUCAUAGAAACUUCAGCUUUCAUUGCCAAGGCAAUAUCAGAAGGUAUUAGUGUGUUAGUCCAUUGCUCUGAUGGAUGGGACCGCACUGCCCAGACUUGUUCUUUAGCAGGUCUUAUGUUAGACCCAUAUUACAGAACUAUACAUGGAUUUCAGGCAUUGAUUGAGAAAGAAUGGCUGGGCUUUGGACACAAAUUUACAGAUCGGUGUGGACUGUUGGAGAGUGUGGAUGCACGAGAAGUCAGUCCUGUCUUCACUCAGUUUCUGGAGACCGUCUGGCAGAUGAUGCAGCAGUUCCCAUGUGCAUUCCAGUUUAAUGAAAGGUUUUUGCUCAAAAUUCAUGACCACGCUUACUCCUGCCAGUUUGGUACAUUUAUUGGCAACUGUGAAAAGGAUAGGCUAGACCUUAGAUUAUCUGAGAGAACCUACUCUCUGUGGGCCUACCUAAGUCAUCACACCAGUGAAUAUUUGAAUCCAAUGUAUAAAAAAACCUACGAGAUUCGUCGACCAGUCAUUAUACCAGCCUCGUCUCCACAAUGUCUCAAGUAUUGGAAAGGAAUGUACAAUAGAUUUGACAGUGGACUGCACCCUAGAGAGCAUGUCAUGGAUAUAGUAAGUGCUGCCAAAGAUCACAGCUCAUCUCUGGAGGAUCAUGUGUUGCUUUUAGAAAAGAGAGUUACACAAAUCUGCAAACUGUUGGGCAAGUCAGAUGAGAUUAUCCAACGGAAACUACAGGGUUAUUUAUCCAUGGAUUCUAUAGAUGGCUUUCUCAGUAACCACAUUGGAGAUGGACCUGUCAACACUAAGGCACCCAUGCUGGACAAUAAUUUCCACAAAAAUAGUUCAGACUCUGACCUGACCAUUAAUGGGCGUCAGUUGGACAAUGCCGCUGUCAACUACUUAAAAAGUGAUACAGAGUCUGGUUUUGAUGAGUCAAGCUCUCAGAUGUCAAGGUCUGGUAUUGAUGAAGUUGGCAUUAGCAAUGGCCUAGAGGCUUCCAGUCUAGUUCGCUCGCCGAGCUCGGAGCAGCUCUCUGUUGAUCAGCUUCUGGCUGAGCUCAAGACAGUCGCCAUUGGCUGGAAAUCAUUCCGUAAUGUACAGAACUGCUCCUGCGCAACCCCUUUUGAUUAUGAUGUAAAGAAGUUUCAUUGCUGGAAGUGUGGUCAUGUCUUCUGUACAAGAUGUAUAACUCGCAACAUCCCUCUCCCUGGCCACUACCACCGUCGCCCUGUCCCCGUCUGCAAGCCCUGCUAUAAAGAGGUCAGGAGGUCACCUAGUACUGAGUUCCCAGUAAGUUGACCAACGGACCUGCAGAAAAAAAUAGACUUUGUUUGCUAUGUUGCUGUAUAAAGAAAAGUUUGGAUUACUAGCAAGAGUAGCUAGUCCAACCAGUGAAAAUGUUGGCUUGAACUAGCUCUAAAGAAUGUUUUCAGUUUGGUCACACGUUUCCAUUCAUAAUAAGUUUUUUUUUUUUUUUUCAAAUUUUGUUUCACUUGGUUUUUUUAAGGGUGUAUAUAGAAUUACUUAACUGAAUGGAGCUAACAGUUGUCUAGAGUCAAUUUGUAUAAUGUAUGUACAUCAUUCAUGUAAAUAUUGGCUGGGAAUGAGUUCUAAGGGAAAUGUUUUUUGUAAUAGUCAAUGAUCCAGCUGUAAGUUUUUGUUUACUAAUUGAAUGUUUAAACAUGAAUAGCUUAUUUUAGGCUUGCAUGCCAUAUCAACAUCUCAUUCCAUUGAGCCAUGUAUAAUCUAAGACCAAUGUCAUUCUUUCAAGGGUGAGGGCUGCCUAUUAACAAAAGCAAUGUCAAUUUUUGAAUGGUCUCCAAACCAAAUGUGGUUCAUUUUGUUUAUACUAUAUUAUUAGUUUUAUGCUAGUAGUUUUGUAAAGACAUAUUUGUUGUUUGGUUUGUGGUGUGUGCAUUUAAACUUAAUUAUUGCAAGGAAAUCAACAGAAAAAAAAAAGUUUUUAAUUACCAGAUGAUGUGGCUUAUUCUAUAAUAUAAAUGUAAAACUAGCUGCCGAUUGGACAGAUACCAUAAAUCUCUCUUCUCGCUAUGGUUAAGAAGUUUCUUUUAUGACCAACACAAAGAUUAAUCAUCUUCACUCAUUCAGACAAAUGUCAGGGACCCGUUGAAGUUGAGAGGAUAUAUAAACAUCCUAAAAAGUCUUUCACUAUAAAAUUCGAAAGCUGACUUUAUUUUACCACUCAGCCAUGGCAUCUCUUACAAAUAUGAUACAAUUAUGAAUAUCUCUUCAUAUAUUUGUGUAUCAUAUCAAAGUCCGUAAAUACCUUGAACUAAUAGUUUACAUUUUUUAAAAUAUUUUUUGGAUGUGUUUGUGAACUAUUUUUAAUUUAUUAAAAUUCAAAUAGUAUCACCUGCUUAAUAUGCAUGAAUAAUCAUGUGAAUUCAGAACAUUACAUAUUUCAAUUUAAGUCUAUGAUUACAUAUUUCAAUUUAAGUCUAUGUAUUAAUUUUGAACCGAAUAUUUAAAAAAUGUUUUGGUCAGCGGACUACUUAUGGCAAUGUUGAUGAAGAACUAAUUAUGAAUGUGUAUAAAAAUGUCAGUAGAUGAUUGGUCUUUUACUAGUUACUUUUUUUUUUUUUUUUAAUUUUAACAAAAUUACUAGUUACUUUUAAAAAAAAAAAAGAUUUAACAAAAUUAAGUUAGGAAAUAUGUUUUGGCUGGAGUUGUCUUGGAAUGUUGAGACUUGUAAAGAGAUAGAAGGCAACAUUAUGAGUCUUUCAGUAAGUUACGUUGUAAUUAAAUUUGUUUGCAAAUUCAUCUGUAAUUGUGAUUUACUUUUUCUUUCUCUUAUAAAGUUACUAAGUAAAUGUAUGCAGAACUUUUUAGUGGGGUGAGAAAAAAAAACUAUUUUGAAAUGAAAAUACGAGUAGAAACAAAAAAGCUAGUUUUUGUAAAAGCUUGCAGCUCAGCAGCAGAAAGAAGGGUAGAAGAAAAAAAAAGCUAGUAAAUAUUUUUAAAAAUUUGGUGAUGAGCCAUGUGAUAGAAAUUAUCAUAGGUAUAAAAAUUAUCACUUUCUGCCCCUGACAACACUAGUACUCUAGUACUACUAAAGAAAAUAAAGGAUUGAGCAGGAUUCAAUUUACAACCCUGGUUCUAUUCUACAUUACUUUGGUUGGAGGUUUAGAUAACAAUUGUCUUUGUUUCAAUAUACUCUGUCCACCUUUGUUUUAUUACAAGGCUUAUAACAAUUAAGUUUGUCUUUUUAUUUACAUGCCAAUUAAGGCAAACGAUAAAAUAAUUAUCCUUAGCAGAUGUCGUACAACACGGACCUUGUCAAGUAAAAAUUUAUAUGUUUCAAAAAUCUAGGUGUUUCUGUUAAAAAAAAAAAUUGAACAAAAAGAUUUCGCUUUAAAGAUAUUUUUUAUUAAAAUUACUAAUAGCUAUAAAAUUUAUAAUUUAAAAAAAAAAAUAAAUGUUAAAAAUUUCCUGCUAUUGUUUUCUUUAUUAAUUUGUUAAUAAAUAGAAAGGAUUGUAAGAAAUAUAUAAAAAAUAUAAAAAAAAGAGCUAUUUUUCUUUUCAACUUCUCUGUGAGGACAUGUGCAUUUAACUUAGGUUCACAUUUUGUUUCAUUGACAAGAGGCAUCAAGUAGAUUGCCCAAAAAUGUAUUGAAAUCUCUGGACAAGCAUUAGGGAAAUAGAGACUGAUGGGAAUUCUAGAAUUUCAUUUUUGUUUAUGACUUGUGAAAAAUAGUGUACAACAGAAACACCACAGUUUAUCAUUGUAUUUGUAUGUAUUUGAUUAAAUCUGCUGAUGGAGAUUUUAUGUUCAUCAUUUUGUGAUUUACCUGUUAUUUUGUUUUUAUUUAUUGAAAAACUUUUUUCAGUUGCUAAUUAUGUUUUCAUUUGUUUUUGUUUAUCUUUUCCAUUUUGUAGUUGAAAUAAUUGGGUGAAGAAAAAAAUCUUAGAUAACCUCCCACCUUCCUGGGACAAUGGCUUUGUCUUCAUAAGGUUUGACAAAAUAUGCAGGUCACAAUUGGAUUUGCAAUAGUCUUUUGAAACACUGCACUCAUCCUUAAUUUUUUAAAUCAAAGACAUACCCUUAAUUGGACAAUGAAAGAUCAAUGACUGAGAUGGAUUUCAUGAUUGGAAAAGGUUUUGAGUCUUGCAUAAUUACCAUUUCAAAAAUUUGUAUUACAAUAUUAAUUUUCUCCCUUUAGUUGGGGCACAUAUAAAUUCUUAUUGGCAUUUUUUGUUUGUUUUUCCUCUGAUGCGAAGCAUCUGACAUUUUUCAAGGAAUCCAGCAAAUUGUAUAUAUUAAACAAGACAUUUGGGACAAACAUCUGACAAUUUAUUGUACUACAUUAUUAACUUAAAAGAGAUUUGGAAUGACCAAUAACUUUUUUUUUCUCACUUUGUUUAAAAUGUGUAAAAAUUUAGAUGAGGUUUGAUGUCAUUCUCAUUCAGUUUAUAACUAUUGUUGGCCAUUUCAUCUUCCAGACUAGUGUGUAGUUCAUCUCAUUAACCUAUUUAAUUACAUUCUGUCUUCAUUUGUUUGCUUCCCAAUUUUUGCUCUUUUUUUUUUUUUUUCCUCAACAUAUUCUUAGUAAUAAAAUAAUUCCAUUUUUUUUUAUGUUAUUGAUUUCAGCACAGCAUUGAGGUUGUUUUUUUUUAGCACAGGCCACAUGUUAAAGUGUGCAUGGUCUAAAUCGAACCUUUUUUUUUUAAUUCACUUAGCUUAGAACUUUCAAUAUUUUUUGUUAUUAAGGAUUGUUCUGUAUCUAAAAAGUGCUUAAAUCAUGAAAGUUCUUUUUUUUUUAAUUCAAUACUUAAAAAUAUAUCUUUGAUUAACCAUUUUAAGACUUCAAGUUAUUGUCACAAAACAAGUCUAAAUUCCAAGAACAACUUAAUUGUAUAUAGUAUUGAAAGAUUGUCUCCUUCGGGCCAGUUAACUGCCUAAUGAUAAUAAUAAUAAUCGGUAGUAGUCCUUUACUUACUACAGCAAAUAUUCAAGGUGGCUGCACAUUGUUUGGAAUAACCAAUUAUAUUAUUGUUGUGGAGUCUAGCUUGUUCUGUUUUCUGAGAAAUAUAUUCUUCUCACUUAUGCUCAAUGUUCUGAAAGUAUUAUUGUCAAAAUUUACUCUUUGGAAUGUUGACUGUGUCUUUUCAGCAGUGUAUUUUUUUUUAAUUUGGCUGUUGUUUGUAUUAGCAGCAAGUAUUAUUCUCUAAGCUAUGCUUGUAAGCUGAUACAGCAGCUUUUCAAACUGUUUAUUUAACAUUGAAUGUUUCAAGUACUAUUUAAACAGUUGACAUUAAAACACAUUGUUCGACCAAACAAGUAAAUACUAUUUGAUUAAACUAGCCCUACUUAUCAGUAGGUUUGUUAUGCUUGUUUUAAAAACGUUUAUGAAAAAGAAACCAUUUUGGCUGAUAAUUUGGGGAUUUUUUAUUUUUUUUAUUUAUAGGAAAUUAGUGUGUGUGUGUUUGUUGUUGCUUUUAGGUGGGAGAAAGGGGUUUUGUCAUACCGGUACUUGUUAUUAAUUUUUUAUGUUUGCAUUAUCAAGAGAUUAUCAUGAUUAACUGAAACCUAAACAAAACAAAAAAAAAAGCAAAACUUUUAGAAUGUGUUUUUAGGUUUUUCUUUAGGGUGUUCCAUAGAUCUAGAUGUUCUAUAUUAGAAACAUAUGCAUACAUAGACUAUUCCAUCUGGUGGAUAACAUUUUUUAUAUGGUGACAAUUAAAACUUAAUAGAAACAUUU